UUACUUUGCACUACUCUGUAGAUAGAGCUCGGGAGCAUAGUUUCUCUAAUCUGUGCUCGAAAGACAGGGAGCUAGACAGAGAGACAGAGAGAGAGAGAGAGAAUGUAAACAAACAGAAAUUUGUAUAAAAUUCGCGAAAAACUGUUAAAAACUGUUAGUUUUCUGAAAACAAAUAUAUUGUGUUAGUAAUUAGUGUAUUUUACUGUGUUUUUUUUUUUUAUGAAUUUGGCCUAAAAUGCAUGGAUCGAGACCUAAAUUUAUGAAACCAGGUGAUGAUGAAACCCUCUACCCAAUAAGGAAUAGAGAUGGCAAGAUAGAAACAUUAGUAAAUCCAAAUAUAGACACAGCAUUAACGGUAGACAACGAUGCCCAAACGAGUUUCGUUUAUAACCGUUACCAUCACCUACCGUUUGACGCCCAACGGCAGAGGUUACCAGUUUUCCAGUAUAGGAACCACAUACUGUACCUGUUGGAGAAGUAUCAGACGUUGGUGCUGAUCGGUGAGACGGGGUGUGGGAAAUCUACACAGGUUCCUCAGUAUCUGUAUGAGAUAGGUCACACAGUGUGUGUGACGCAGCCGCGUGUCGCCGCCGCCGUGUCGCUCGCGGCCAGGGUGGCGGACGAGCGCGGCGAGCGGCUCGGCGAGCAUGUUGGCUACGCUGCGGCCAUGACCUCGGUGCGGAGUCCUCAGACGGGGAUUGUGUUUAUGACCGAAGGCGUGCUACUGCGGGAGAUGUUUGCCUCCCCCCUAUUGAUGCAAUACUCGUGCGUGGUAUUAGACGAGGUUCACGAGAGAUCACAGAUGACGGAUGUGUUGAUGGGACUACUGAAGAAAAUAGCCAAGAAACGAAAGAAUCUAAAGCUGGUCGUGUCUUCAGCGACAAUGGACGCUGAGUUCCUGAAGGACUUCUUCAAUUUAACCGACAGAAAAGAGCGAGAUAAAGCACCCACAUCGGUGAUAAUGUCGAUUCGGGGACGGACGCACCCUAUCGACUUAUUUUACGUUGAAGAACCUGUUCCAGACUACGUGAAGGCUACAGUGGACACAAUUAUAAAAAUACAUGAAAACGAACCCUUCGGAGAUAUUCUGGCGUUUCUUACCUCACAGGAAGAAAUCCUAACAGCAUUGAAGACCCUUCAGACGUAUGCGGAACAAAAUAACGAGAGUAACAAACACAGGAGGCAGUUCCCGUCUGGGGUUCAAGCGGCCGAUUUGAUCGUGCUGCCCAUGUACGGCAGCCUGCCUCAUCACCGCCAACUGAAGGUCUUCCAGACGGCCGACAGGAACCAACGGAAGGUGGUGGUGGCCACCAACAUAGCGGAGACCAGCGUCACUAUACCGGGCAUUGUUUAUGUGGUGGACUGUGGUUUCGAGAAGCUUCCAUACCUGGAUCCGUCGGUGGGGGUGGAGAGUCUGGUGGUGGCGGCGGUGUCCAGGAGUAGCGCUGGUCAGCGGGCUGGCCGCGCCGGUCGUACCAGCCGCGGGUCUUGCUACCGUCUAUACCCGGAGUCGCACCUGGAUCACUUGCCGGAGGCGCGGCCGCCGGAGUUGUGCCGCAGUGACCUGGCGGGGGCGCUGCUGCAGCUCAAAGCGCUGGGCAUACAUAACUUGUUAAGAUUCACAUUCCCGACCCCGCCGCCAGCCAAGAGCCUCCUGGCGGGGCUCGAGACCCUGUACGCGCUGAAAGCCAUCGACAAGCACGGACAGCUCACUGAGGAGGUAGGCUCGCGAAUGGCUGAAUUGCCGCUGAAGCCCAUGUGCGCCAAGAUGCUUUGCAAUAGUGCCGAAUACGGUUGUAUAGACGAAAUUCUCUCCAUCGUUUCUAUGUUACAAGUGGACAAAGUGUUCGCCAAGUCCAGCAGUGGGAAAGAAAACAUCGCCGCCAAGAUAUCCAGGAGGAAUAACUUCGAGGUAGCAGAAGGCGAUAUACUCAUGUAUUUGAAUGUAUUCGAUGCAUACAUGAAAGUAAAAAAUUCCGUCAGUGACGAGAAGAAGUCUAGAAAGGCGUGCAAAGACUGGUGCAGCAAGAUGUAUGUGAACUAUAGAGUUAUAGAGAAGGCGUGCGAAAUAAGAGACAGCCUGGAGAAACUAGUUAAAGGGAAAUUCAAAAUGGAGAAUCAGAUAUUCGAUGGACCAGAUUUAGGCACAGCAAAAUGCACGCGUAUAAUGAAAUGCAUACUGUCCGGCCUUUUCCCCCAAGCGUCGUAUUUGAGUGCCGGCGGCUUCUACCAGGGGCUGAGAGGGGCCGAACUGUACAUCAGUCCGGACAGUUGUUUGUACAACUUGCAGCAACCUAAAUGGGUGGUUUUCGCCAGCGUGUACAGUGUAAACGAUAAGACGUACAUGAGCGAUCUAAUGGUCAUACAGAAGGACUGGCUUCUGGAAGUGGCACCGCACUAUUAUAUAGAGACAUAGGGCUACGUCAUCAUCGCUGUGAUUAUCAUGAUGAUUAGAUAGAGGGGAAAGAAGAGCGCGAUAAACGCAGCCGGCCGGCGACGUGUUGGGCAGCGCCAUCUAGUUCUGAAACUAAGCAGAACUUGUUACAAUGGUAACCAGUUCUGCUUAGUUUCAGAACUAGAUGGCGCUGCCUGAUACUAGACUGAUAGACUUUUUCAAAUACAUAUUUUCUUUUCGAUAGAUUAAAAAAAAGGAAGUUCUGAAACUCAGUUGAAUUUUUUUUUUCAUUUUUGUUACCUCAUAAUUCAGUCAGUUGUAAACCGAUUUGGAAAGACUCUUUUUUACCUGAAUAUAUGAUUUAUAAGUAUAGGAUAUAUUCACAGAUUGGUCUGAUAGAUAUUUUAUCAAAAUCGGUACAGUACAUUUGUUUGUUUUGCUCCAUUUGAAGUCGACUUUGUUUUGUGGAACACAACCUUAAUUAUUUGUAAAUGUAUACAUAUCAUAUGUAUACAUAGCAAACAUCCAGACCAAUAGAAACAGUCACACACGUGAAUACAAAUGUGUGUAAUGUACGGGAAUCGAAUCCACGACUAUCCGAUAGUGCGAGCACGUCGUCGUACUUGAUUACAAAGAUUAAAAUAUGGAUUUACGAGAGAAAAGGUAUAAACGUCGGUCUGUUUAGUUGGUAUUUUUCAAAGUCAGGCUUCAAAGCCAGAAAGAUGAAAUUCGCGAGUUUCUCUUCGAAAAUCAGGUGGACGUUGUACUUGUAUAGGAGACCUUCCUUAAGCUUUUGAUGCGCGAUCACUUGAUCGUCACUCUCGAUGAGGUGCAAGGCGCUUGACCAAAAGGUCAAGGAAUCACGAAUAGACUCCUUAACUUGACCGUUCUUUAUUCACCUUUUAGGAUACCCAAGGGAAAACAAGGGUCCAUUCUGUGCUGGCCACAGUGACCAUACAGUGAUUUUAUAAUAUAAACUAUGUAAAUUGUGUACAAAUAAACAUGUGAGUCUGAUAA